AUGGGCCCCGGCAAGAAAACUGGCUAUGAGACAGAUAUCAACAUCCCAUUAGUGUGGCGCGGCGGCCCCGGGGUGCCGGCUGGGAAAGUGACCAACGCAGUGUCGACGCACACUGAUCUUGCGCCUACCUCGUUGACGCUAUUCGGACUACCAAUGAGGACUAAAUUAGAUGGCAGAGCUAUUCCGAUCAUUGUGAACCAGCCAUCCCAAAAGAGCUGUGAACACGUCAACGUUGAGCUUUGGGGUGAUGCGGCCCCGUACGAGGGUACGCUGCCUUACAAGAAGAUCGGAUGGGGAGUGAAAGGGAAACACGACAAUACAUACAAGGGACUACGCAUUGUUGCAGAUGACUAUAGCAUCAACUAUUCCGUCUGGUGCACGAACGAGCAUGAGCUAUACGAUAUGUUGACGGACGAAUACCAAAUGGAGAAUCUUCUUGCCAAUACGCGGGAUAUUUUUAAUGCCCCAGAAGAAAAAAAUAUUUCUCCGACGGCCCUUGAGGCAAGUCGUGGCUAG